GGAGAUCUCCGAGCGGGCACGGGAGAUCGCCUCCGCCUCCUCCGCCUCCGCCUCCCUCCUGCUCCAGCACUCCAGCGGGCGCGCUCUGCAUGCCAGAGGAGAGCGCAAGGCAGGCGGGCAGGGCAAACAGUCUCGUCUUCUUUCUCUCUCUCUCUCUUUUCCUCCCUCUCUCUUUCUCUUUUUUUUUCUUUCUUCCUUUCCUUCUCUGCUUUCUCCCCUCUCUCGCGCCCUCUUGCCUCUCGCCACGCCAAUCCAUGAAAAUGCUUUGGAAACUGACGGAUAAUAUCAAGUAUGAGGAGUGUGAGAUGUUAGUUCACAGUUUCUCAGCGAUGGACCGCCACGACGCUACCAGCAACGGGACAGCCCGGCUACCCCAGCUGGGGAGUGUGGGCCAGUCCCCCUACACCAGCGCACCUCCGCUCUCGCAUACACCGAACGCCGACUUCCAGCCCCCUUAUUUCCCACCUCCAUAUCAGCCCAUUUACCCGCAGUCUCAAGACCCGUAUUCUCACGUUAACGAUCCGUAUAGCUUGAACCCUCUUCACGCCCAGCCUCAGCCCCAGCACCCGGGCUGGCCGGGACAGAGACAAAACCAGGACACGGGGCUUUUGCAUACGCACCGCGGACUUCCCCACCAGCUCUCCGGCUUGGAUCCCCGAAGGGAUUACCGGCGGCAUGAAGAUCUCUUGCACGGACCUCACGGCUUGAGCUCAGGACUAGGAGAUAUUCCCAUUCACUCGAUACCUCACUCGCUGGAAGACGUGUCGCACGUAGAGGACCCCGGUAUUAACAUCCCAGAUCAAACUGUAAUUAAGAAAGGCCCCGUGUCCCUCUCCAAGUCUAACGCCAACGCCGUCUCCUCCAUCCCCAUCAACAAGGACGCGCUCUUCGGCGGCGUGGUGAAUCCCAACGAAGUCUUCUGCUCGGUGCCCGGCCGCCUGUCUCUGCUCAGCUCCACCUCCAAAUACAAAGUCACCGUGGCAGAAGUGCAGAGGCGCCUGUCCCCGCCGGAGUGCCUCAACGCGUCUCUGCUGGGCGGAGUGCUACGGAGGGCAAAAUCAAAAAAUGGAGGGAGAUCUUUGAGAGAAAAACUGGACAAAAUAGGAUUAAAUUUGCCAGCCGGGAGACGUAAAGCUGCUAAUGUUACCCUGCUGACAUCACUAGUGGAGGGAGAAGCCGUGCAUCUCGCGAGAGAUUUUGGUUACGUCUGUGAAACAGAAUUUCCUGCCAAAGCAGUAGCUGAAUUUCUCAACCGGCAACAUUCCGAUCCAAACGAGCAAGUCACAAGAAAAAACAUGCUUCUAGCGACGAAACAGAUCUGUAAGGAGUUCACCGACCUGCUGGCUCAGGAUCGAUCUCCACUGGGGAACUCUCGGCCCACCCCCAUUCUGGAGCCGGGCAUCCAGAGCUGCCUGACCCACUUCAACCUCAUCUCUCACGGCUUUGGCAGCCCUGCUGUGUGCGCAGCGGUCACUGCCCUGCAGAACUAUCUCACCGAGGCACUCAAGGCCAUGGACAAAAUGUACCUCAGCAACAAUCCUAAUAGUCACACAGAUAACAGCACCAAAAGUGGCGACAAAGAAGAGAAGCACAGAAAAUGAGGAUUUUCUUCUUGCAGCCCCAACCAGACCAGCCAGCCUGGCCCUCCCUCCCCUUCCUCCUCACCCUGAGGCUACAGCAAGAGAAGCUCAGAAAUCUGUCCCAGCCUAUUCACUCAGGAGGACCGGCUAAUUCACAUCUCUUUCACCCCCUUACCCACCAUUCUCCUUUUUCUUCCCUCCUUCCCUACCUCCAUCACUUCCCAGUUCAUUUCCAGUUGCUAACCAAUUUGGAGCCCAAGAAAACAAAUAUGGUGAUUGGGCCAUCCUAAGAGGAAAAGGAAAAAAAACACACAUUUUUUUGUCGUCUAUGUGAACUUUUAUUAUUUUUAACAAAAAUAAAUAAACUGAUAAAAAUAAAACAACUUUUUUUUCUAAAAAAAGAGAAAGAACUAAGUUUAAAGGUUAAUUAAUGAAAUGUGGGGGAAAAAAAACAAAUGAGCUUCAUCGGACUGGAUCACCACCUUCUCUUAUACAAACUUCCGUUUAAGAUUGUAGCCAUAUUUAAACAAAACAAAACAGGAAAGAAAGGAUAAUGAUUAUGAUGAUGAUGACAUUUUAUCAGUAUUGUGAAUAAACUUGAACACAAACCACAUGCAGUUCCAUGUCAUGUCUUCAGUUUUAGCACCUCUCUCCUGCCAAGGUAAAGCGACUAAUUUGAACUUUCUUAUGGUGACACCGAUUCAUACUGCUUCUAUAAGGGAAUCAGUGUUCUGUAUGUAUAUAUUUAUUUAUGUGUAAUUUAAUGGGAACUGUAAAUAUGGUGAGUCUGUUUGAAGCUUUUUUUAUUAUUUAUCUGGUGAUCUCGUUUACCUCUUGUUUAGUGGGUUUUUAAGUCUUUCCCAUCUUAGUUCCAUCACUGUGGUUCAUAGUUACUUAUUUAGAAAAUGGGAGGGGAGUUUUUUAGGGGGAGGUGGGGUGGUAUUUUCUGGGAUUCAUCACUUCAGCCCUGUUGUAGCAUGUUAUAAAAAGGCGACAAUAAAGCAGCUAAGCGAUUGAAGCAACUUGGAUUUUUACAAAUACAUUAUUAACAUGAUACUUAAUUUCCACAUUGAUAAAGGAAAAUAAAUCAACCGUCCAACCCAGACCGACCACCAUUUCCACUGAAAUAAUUUAGGUCCCCCUUCCAAAAACAUUUUUUCCGCACAUUGAUAAUUUUUAACAACUCUGUAUGCUGUGGCUUUAAAAAAGUUUAUAACCAGGGUCUUUCAAUUGAAAGCAUAAUCAGAGCAAUAAGUUGAUAUUGUCUAUUCAGAUAAAGAACUGGGGAUCUUCACUUCCCUCUCCCCUUUUUCAUUUUGAGUUGCCUUUUGGUUCAAAAAACUUCCAUACAUUGGGGACCACCUGGUAUCCUCUAUUUCCACCGGCCAUAUUGGAAGCAGUUACAGUUGUAUUGUAUUGAGUUGUGCUGGCAGUAGUUUCCAUGCCUGUCAAUGUAUCAUAGUCCUUUGUUGCCCAGAUAAAUAAAUAUUUGAUACGCUU